AGUGAUUUACAGGAAAUUUAUUUUUCUGUUUGAUUAGGUGUCUACAGUCCAUCAGUGGGACAGGGGAUUGUAUGUAUAUUGCUUGAUUGUUCUACCCCUGUUCCCACUCUCCCUACCCCCCCGUAUUCUGUGAACACCGACACCUCUCAAGUACCGCAUCAGUUCCGACUGAUGUCGAUGGAACAGGACACCGGGGCACUGCCACGGCGCAGUGCCAGGAUCGCAGUUCGUGCCCGCCCUGCGGUACCUCCAAGACCCAAGAGAUUCAGCAGACGGACGACUCCAGCGGCAUUGACAGUACAAGACACCACCGAAGAUCUUCCCGCAGGCCCGGUCCGAGAGGCCAGCGAGCCUUUGGCUGACUAUCGUGGGCGGCUACAAGCAUUUACAGACGCCGUAGCCGCUGCCGAGGCUCAACAGGCUGCGGCAGAGGCAGAACAUCAGCGGCUGGCCAAUGAGGCGGCAGCCGAAGCUCAGCGGACAGCUGAGACUGACGAAGCGGCACGAAACAGACGGAAUGCCGCCAGCAUGGAGUCCCUGAUUGCUAGUGAGCAUCAGUGGACAACGGUACUCCAAGGCAUGAUCUUUGUGCCUACGAAAACACAGACGGAGCCGACACAGGCGGAGGCAGAGAGAAGUAACCUGGCUACCGUGAUGUUGAACCAGCAGCAACAGCAACAGCUGAUGAACUCUACCAUCGCACGCAUCAACGGCAUUGAGGCCAAGGCCUCAGCAGCGCCAGGCUGCACGACGGACGCGACGAAGCAAAUCAACGAACGCAUCAAUCACGUCGUCACCAUCAUCGGCGACAUAGGUGUUUUCAACGGACCGGACACGAUCAGCAGCACGGUGGCCUCCAUCAAGACGGACAUCACCAAGCUACAGACGAGACCGGACGCCGCUACAAAGAUGUUCAAGAUGCCGCACUUCGACAUCUGCAAGUUCGACGACUACAACAAGUCGGACGCUUUGACAUGGUGGCAACGUUUCCUCACGGGAGCGUCAUGCCGCACUGUCCCGACGAACGACAUGUUGAAGGCACUCUAUUUGCAACUGAUUGGAGGAGCGUAGGCAUGGAUGAACCACCUGGCGGCCACCCACAAGUGCACCAUCGCCGAACUCCACACGCACAUCACGUGGAAGGAGUUCGAGCAGCUAUGGUUCACCCGGUUCAUGGUCCGCAACGUCGUGAAGGCGGCCAUGAAUGAGGUGUACACAUGCUCUCAGGGGAACAUGCCAACUCGAGACUGGACAACGAAGUGGCAAAAGAUAGUGACCACACCAGGCUUCGACUUGACGUUUCCAAAUCAACGAUCCGAGUUCUC